UCUUCAUUGCCUGCUUGCAAGUCGCGCAAAAAAACCUAUGAAAAAAACAGAAGCGGCGGCCGUUGGGGGAAAAGAGUAAAUAGAGAGAGAAGCCUCAAGAUGGCUGACUCGCUGGGCUUUGCUCACCUCACCGGAGCUGCUACUGCGGUAGCCCCGGCGGUCGCCUGCGACAAAAGCCCGCUCGUCAAGCCGAACGAGGCGAAGGGAGCCUCUGACAACCGCUCUCAGUCUUCCCGGGAUUUCAACCCGCCGCCGCCCAAGAAGGUCCGUGUCGAGGAGAGGAGCGUUAAACCCAAGAAACUCAGCAGGGAAGGAGUGGGAGGCAACGGUAGCGGCAAAGAGAAACUCCAGCAGCCCACGAAGCAGCAGAGUUAUGGCAGCAGCACGGGCUCGAGCACCUUCAGCCCGGUUAAGACGAGCAGCAACAACCCUCCGGUGUCUGCCACCGGUGGAACAAACACACAUAAAGUCUUCAAACAGAGCGAUUUCUUCCUCCACAAAGCGCCUUCCUCUUCCAAACCCAAGAAGCCGAGUAAAGAUAAACAGCGAGGGAAAGAGAGGGAGAAAGGAGGCGGAGAGGAGAAAAAGAAACAUAAACUAUUGGUGACCUCCGGACCCGGGAGUAAUGUCAGUAACAACAGCGAUAUCAGCCGAAUUAAUAACACUUCUGCAGUGAAGAGAGAAAAUGGGGAGGUCAUGCUGCCUCCCAAAGAGCACUCCAACAAGGACAAGGCAAAAGAGAGAGACCGGGAGGAGAGGGAGAAGAAGAAGGUCAAAGACAGAGAGAGAGAAAAGGAGAAAAAGAAGCACAAAGUGACAGACGAGAUCAAGAGGGAGAAUGGAGACGUCAAGCAGCCGAUUAAAGAUGAAAAAGAGAAAGCCAAGAUCAACUUAGAGGAGCUGCAAAUCAAAAAAGUAAAGAAGAAAAAGAAGAAGAAACACAAAGAGUGGGAGAAGCACAAACGAGUAAAGAUGUACCACCGCUCCUGCCAAACCAUUUGUGCUGGCCUGCUUCUCCUCCCUCCAUCCUCUCCACCUUCCACCUCAUCCUCUGAUCCCACUCAUAACUCCUCCCUGUCUCCAUUUAAAUCUCCUCUACCCGUUUACCCUCCACCUAACAACAAAACUGCACAACUCUUACCUUCCUCUCCUUUUCCUGUCCCCAAAUCUCUCUUAAACUGCUCUCUCCUCAACUCUCUUAACUCUCCAUUGUCCCCCAUGAAGACACCCCAACCUUCCCAAACCAAACACCAGCCACAGUGCACCUAUCCUGGCAUGGCAGGCCUGGAGUUUGCCCCAUACAUCCACAUAGAGAACCAGCCUAAUGGAGGGGCCCUGGUGGCCCACGCCUACACCUCCCAGCUCUCCUCUCUCUCCAUGGGCCAGAGGCAGAGAUUUGCCCAGGAGUUUGUCACAUUGGCUUUCAGCGAGGACUCAUCCCAGGCAGCUCAUUACGUCAUGGGAAUUGUCCACGGAGAAGCCAGCUACCUGCCUGACUUCUUGGACUACUUCUCGAGCAAGUUCCCAUCAGCUCCAGUUAAAAUGGAAAUAUUGGGAAAGAAGGACAUAGAAACCACCACUAUGGUUAAUUUCUACUCUCAGGUGAAGAAGACGUACAGUAAUGGUACGUACAGAGCCGGGGCAAUGAGACAGAUCAGCCUGGUGGGAGCUGUGGACGAGGAGGUCGGGGAUUAUUUCCCAGAAUUCCUUGGCAUGCUGGAGGAGUCACCCUUUCUGAAGCGGACUCUUCCAUGGGGAACCUUCUCCAGUCUGAGGCGGAUGGAUCCCAGAGAGAGUGAUGACGGUCCUAUAAUGUGGGUCAGACCAGGAGAACAAAUGAUACCUGUAGCUGAUAUACCAAAGUCCCCUUUUAAAAGAAGACGCUCCACUAACGAGGUGAAGAACCUGCUGCAGUCGCUGCCCCGGACCAGCGAGCCCAGAGAGAUGCUGUUUGAGGAUCGGACCCGGGCCCACGCCGAUCACAUCGGUCAGGGCUUUGAGCGACAAACCACAGCCGCCGUGGGGGUGCUGAAGGCUGUACAGGCCGGUGAAAGCUCGGAGCCUCCUCGUGUAACCAAAGACGUCGUUUGUUUCCAUGCUGGUGAUUUUCCUCAUGUAGUCCAGAGGCUGCAGUUGGACCUAUACGAACCUCCGCUGUCUCAGUGUGUGCAGUGGGUGGAUGAUGCCAAACUCAACCAGCUGCGGCGCGAGGGCAUCCACUACGCACGCAUCCGCCUGUGCCACGAUGACAUCUAUUUCAUCCCUCGCAACGUGGUCCACCAGUUUAAGACCGUGUCGUCGGUCUGCAGCCUGGCAUGGCACGUACGCUUAAGACAAUAUCACCUGGAAGAGGCAGAGGAGCAAGAGGAGGAGGAGGGGAAGGAGGAGGAGGAGGAGGAGGAAGAGCAGGUUAAGUUGAAGGCGAAGGAGAGGAAAACAGUGGAGGAAGAAGAGGUGGUGGAGGAGAGGAGAGAAAAGAAGGGUGAAAAAGGAGUGAAGGAAGAGCACGUGGAGGUUGAUGUGGCAGAAAACAGGACGUUGCCGGCUGUCAAAAAUGAAGGACCGAAUCCUCCACCUCUUCUGUCUCCGCCCGCUCUCUCAGUAGACUGGAACACGAGCAGCGCUAGAGACAAAGAGUUGGAGAAGGAGAGGCUAAAAGAAGGAGGGAAACCCAAACGACAGGGUUCCCCUCCCGCAAAGGGGAAAGCAGAACUCCCAGCGCGUCCUCUCUGCAAGAAUAAAUCACCUUCACCUCUCCCUCCUGCCCCUCAUCCUCCUCAUCAGGACACAAAACCCAAAGCUGCAUCAUCAAAGCACCUUCAUCAUCACCCCCAUCACCAUCAUUCGGACAGCAGAAUGACGUCUUCCAGCAUAAGGCCCGCCUCUUCAGCGCCUAAAUCACCACACUCUAAGUCUUCCUCUUCUUUGUCGCCUUCAGCCGUUACUUCUUUGCACUCCUCUUUUGCUGCUCCCAGUCCAUCCUCUACCUCUUUCCCAUCUCCUGCCGUGUCCACAUCUUCCUCCGUGUCCACCUCCGCUACAUCCUCCCUGACUAGUCCCACACCUGCAGUGGACUCGUGUUCCUCGCCACUCCCUCCUUCCACCGUCUCUUCGACUUCGCGGCUGCCUUGCUCCUCUCAGUUGGACCGGCCGAAAGACAAAGACUCACUUCGCCCGAAGCCCGACGUCCCUUCAGACACGCGGGCGUGGGCGCAGCCGGAGGUUCGAGCCUCACGCGGGUCACCGGCUGCGGACGUACAAGCACACGCCUCUGCGAAUUCACAAGCCGACACGCGGACACACGCGCACGACAGACACACACACACGACGACGACGACAGACUUUCGGACACAAGCGCUCCAGGAGAGAUGGACUCCCGGUGUGGACGCCAGGACGUCUGCCGAGCCACCGAUGCCUCCGCCACAGGACACCGGGAGGCAAGGGAUGUACAUGCAGCAGUACACACCCCAGCAUCUCCCACCUCCUCACCUCCCUCACAUGCUUCCCCCCUCCUUCUCCCCUCUCCUGCCACACUCCCAUCUUCCUCAUAGACCUCCAAUCCUCUCCCCAAAUCCGCUGUCCAGUCCCCCUCUCCCGGCACAGCCCCAACCCCUGAACUCUUACCUCUGUCAGAAAGCCCCACCACAUUCAGUUCACAUGAGCCAGCUCCACCUGCAUCCGCCACGCCAAGCCAACGUCAGCGCCCAGUCCCAACCGUACUACCAGCCCCCCGUAUCGCCUCCCCGCAUCAAGCAAGCACUCCCCUCGCCGGCUCCCAGUCCCUUCCUCCGCACCUGUCUCACCAUCACCAGUUCGCCCCGCACGCCAACACCUACUUCCCCCCUCAGCAUCCCCACUUCUCGCCCCACCACUUCCUCCCCCCUCAGUCUUUCCUCUCUCAGCCCCCCAGCCCUUACCCGCUACAGCCGCAAUACCAGCCUCAGUCUUUCCCUCACCCGCCUCCUCCUCCUUCGUCCACGCCGCCUCCCCCUCCUCCUUCUCUUCCACCUCCUCUCCCCCCUCAACCCUGCCCUUCUGUCCUCCUCCCUCCCCCAAAGCAUGAAGAGGGGCAGAACCCGAUUUUAUAGUAGUUUUUGUACAUAACGAUGUUGUUUCUAAAUGACUGUAUAUGUACAGUACAAGGUUUUAUUUUGGUUGUGAUGUCGUAAAGCGAUGUACAGAGGAACUGUCGAGGAAGACGGUGUAGCGAAUCGGUAUGAACACACAGUAUCGUAGUUUAUGAAGCCGAGUCGAACUUUAUUCACCCCAGACCUUUUGACUCGUUCAGAUUGUACUGGAUGCUUUGUUUGAACUGGGUCAGAAAUAUUGAGAAGUGAUUGCAUUUAUUGGUAGUUUUCAGUUUAUUCUGUAGCCUUCAGUUAUGUACUGCUCCACCAGUUCUGACUUAAAAGAAGAUCUUAUUCAGGAUCAAGGGUUGAAUGAGCUCCCUAGUCUGCCAAACUGCUGUCUGGUUCGGUUUUUUCUUUAAGUGAGCCAUCAGAGGUAGGAAGGAAAAAAAUGGUACAUUUCUGCUUUUACGGACUUAGCGUCGGAUAUUUAUAUGAAAAAAGGUCAUUAGGAUGAUGACCUUUUUGUGAAACUUGCAGCUAAUGCUUCCAUUUUUGUGGCUUUUUUCUAGUAUAUUCUUUGUGCCCGAGACUGUUUCUUGAAUUAUGAUGGGUCAAAUUGUGAUAUUAUACAAUACACUAUUGUAUUUAUGUAAUAUUUCUACAUUUCCUCUACUGUAUUGUAUUGAUACAUCUUAAUCAAUACAGUAUAUCACAGUAUGUUUCCCUGAUAUUGUAUUUUGAGCAAUAAUGCCCCGCAAUAAUCUGCAGAAUAUAAAUCUAAAUGCAUUUCCCCAUUAUUGAAAUGGUGACAGCACGUAUCCGUAUUCUGAAUUCAAAGCUAUUGAUACAAAGCCAGUGAUGUCAUAUUGAAUCAUGUUAGGACUUUUCCAGUGUUUUAUUGCCCCCCCCCAUGUCAAUUAUAAGUUUAGUAAGCAUCAUAAAGAGAGUCACAGUUUAAUGGAAUAUUUUGACAUCUUGGAAAAUGCGUUUAUUUGCUGUCUUGACGAGAACUAGAUGAGAAGAUCGACACCACUCAUGUCUGUACAGUCAAUAUAAAGCUGGAGCCAGCAGCCGCUUAGCUUAGCUUAGCAUAAUGACUGGAAACACUGGAGUCUUGUCAUCUCUGUGAGAAGCCAGGCAACAAGCGGAGACAAGUUACAAGUUACUGUUCCUACAUCUACUGCACGUCUUAGUUAGUGAGCUCUAGAGGUGCUGGUAGGUGAAUUCUGCUAGCUUGCUAACCUGCUUCAGCUUCAUAUUUACCAUACAGACAUCAGAGUAGAAACAAUCUAACUCUCUGAAAAAAGAAGAAGAAAAAAACCUGAAUAAGCAUAUUUUUCAAAAUGUCAAACUUCUCCUUAAAAGUGUUGCGAUUAUCUUGUACCUGUAGCCCUCAACACUAGUGGCAGAGCUCUUAAGCGUAAUCUUGCUGUGUUUUUCAGUGUCUGUUGGAUGUGUACCAGGGUCUCCUAAUUUUGGAAACAGAGCACUUGCUGUUCAGCCAAGGACGAAUUCGACCCAAGCCAAGGCUACUGCACAGAGCGGCCUUCAGAGUCUCAGGAAGAAAAAGAAAAAAGCAUUCAGCACACAUCCACGAAUAUAUUGGUCUCCUAAAAACAAUCCUAUAUCUUAGUUACCUUUAGGUAAUUGUUCAGGGUCGUUGAAAUAUUCAAUCUGCAGCAUUAUAUUAUUAGUACCUAUGCAGCUACAUUAAGAGCUCGCCAUGACUUAACUUUUGAUCUCACAGCAUCUGGAAAAGAAUUACCAAAUGAGCAGAGCAAUAUCAUACAGAUGCAGUAGGUCAAGACUUCCAAAAUGUGACUCAUUACAGCACUUUGUAACAUGGAUAUAUCCACUGCUGUUUAAAUACAAUUGAUAUUAUUGGAGAUACUAAUUAUGUCAGAUGUACAGGGCAAUUUCAGUUUCUUCCAAGACUAUUCCGUUAACCAUUCAGGCCUCAGACUAACAUGAUACAAUUGUUUUUAUUAUUUGUGGACAAAUGCUCCAAAACACAGAAGGUACACUGUCGAGUUCAUUCCCAAAGCACUAUUUAUCUAUUUAACUGAAGUCUAGUUCUGUACAGUGUGGAGCAUCAUGUCUAUUGAAAUGUCUUAUUUAUCAACCAGGGACUGGAGUGACCUCUUUGUGUUUAAAAAGUACAAUAAAUUAUUGAAAUUCUGUUUUAGCCACAACUAUUAAUAUUUUUCUCCCAAGUGGUGGAUAUCUGAUUUUGGAAUCAAACUCUUCUGUCUCACUUGAAAACUUGAUUUUUAUUUUGUUAUUGAUGUCUUGAUUUUACUAUCAAUAUUGGAGUACAGCCCACUUGCUAAUGUAGCCCACAUUUCCCCAGUGCCUGUCCUUAACUGUGAACUACUACAUGGUCCAGAGCCAUAUAGAGAAGGAGUUCUGUCCUUUCUUGGGAGUUUGAAGUUUUCACUAGAAAAUGAAAGCAAAGCCUUAAAUUGGUCUCUAAAGCCACUGAAAACUCUUCCAAAUUUCUGCGGCAUAAGUUGGGAUGAGUCAAAUUUUGUGGUUCAAUGGGACGAUGCCCUAAAAGCAGGGUUGUUUUCCAUGAUUAGUCUUACCACCAGCCUGUCUGUCAGGACUUCAUUCCAGAGACAGAACUCUUCACUUUGUGGCUUUGGGGAAGUGAGAAGAUGACGAUAAAGCACUUAAUGCCAGUUGCAAGGCGCUCUGCAGCUCUUUUUAUGCUUUUGGUUUUCAGAUGUUACAAAAAAAAAAAAAAACCUGACGGGAACUUCUAUAUUUUUUUGUACAAAUGUGACAAAAUUAUGGUUGAAAACAAAACAAGUCUCCAGGGGCUAUGUUGUUUUCACAGAAUAUAUUUAUCUCAAGGUUUUUGGUUUGUUUGUUUUUCUAUUUUGUUUCUGUGAUUUUUAACUGUCAGCACUGUAGUGUACAUAAUACGUUUUGUAAAGAGGAAAAAAGUUGUAGUGUGGUUUCUACUUUAAAUAUGAGCCUAGCUAAUAAAAGGUUCAAUGUAUGGAAAA